UAAGAAUUCUUUCAAAUUAUAGCUCUGUGUGUGUUUGUGUGUGUGUGUGUGUAUAAAAAUGGGACGAUGUGGUACAGCUUAAAAUGUCUGCUGUGAUGUUGAAGGUGAGGGACUCUAAAAUAAAAGGCAUAGCAUGUCUUACCCUUUUAAAAGGCCUGCUUUUCACCCCUCUCACAGCAAGCAGCACGUCUGAGUUCCGUCAUGUAAUGUACACCUUCCGCAAACUGGGAAAUUCACUUCAGUGCGCUGGGUCCUUUAGCUAUUUACAUCUCAGUUGCUUAUUUAGAAAUGGGAAUCUUUGUCCCCAGUAAAAGAAAUUUUGGUCAGAAAUACAGGAUCCUUCCCAAAACUUGAAUUCAUAUUAUGUCUAAGGGAGACACAGAAACUAAAAUUUCUUUAAUUGUUUUUAGGGUAUAUAAGAGGGGUGAUUCCUGGAUCUGAAAUAGUGUCUAGGUAAUCUUGAUUCUCUUCCAAAAUCCAUCCCCUCCACUCCUGUAGGAGACCCAGAGAGUCUAAGGCAUUCACAACACACUAACACCCUUGUCUUACAUCUUGCCUUUCCAGCCUGCAACCCGAGGUUAUGUGGUUCAUAAAAGGGCAGGCUCUCUGCCUGCAGCCCCGGGGCCCACAGAAGUCCUUUGUCACAUUGGACUCCAUCAGGGGAUGGAAGCAGAGGAUUUGGUUGUAGCAAAAUGGCAGAGGGCAUGCUGGGAAGGGAAGACACUCUCAGAGCACCAAGAAUUCACACCCAGGGCAAUAAAUGGUGAAGGAAGAGAGUAGGAAAUAGAGCUAAAAGAAUCAAGUACAAAAUAAUACGAGCUUUUGGCAUAGGAUCCUUAACUCUUGUCUUUUCAUGCAUUAUUGCGUCUGUGUGAGAUUGAUUGAAUACCAUACAUUAUGGGAGACAUUGCAUGCAAAUUUUUGAGCUAGAAAGAACCUUAGUGUUUCAUUAGGAAUGUUGAUGAAUUCAAUACUUUCUGUGAACUUUUACAUUUAAAUGCCGCUGGAGUCCAUUCAACUCACUGAGCGAAAAUAUGUUGAAUGCAUAAAUAUCUACUCAAAUUUUAAAAAUAAAUAAAACAGAGGGAGCUUUGGAUUAAUAUUCCUGAUCCUUGCCUCCACUCUCUCCCUAGCUAUUUGUAUUGCAUUGUAAGUUCCUUUGUGGCUCUUAAUUUUCUCAUCUGAAAAUGGAAAUAAAUUAGCCCAGAUUCUGAUGGCUAACAUUUAGGUCCCCAAACCUAACAUGGACCAUCUGACCCCAGAUGAAAUUUUUAGCAAAUUAAUUAACUGGAAAAUAUGAACUAUUAUAAAACCGAACCAGCUUGACUGAUUGCCUUCUAAGCGCUUUAUUAACAGUCUUGGAUCAUUGACCAAUUUAAUUUGAAUGUAAUUAAUUCUAUAAACAUGAGCUCUUCUUAUUAACUUCCAUUAAAAUUAAAUCACAACAAAAAGAAAACAGAUAUAAAUCAAGCUACAUGCCCUUGCUUCAGGUAUGAGUCACGUCUGGUUCUCAUUAUGGUGAUCUUGAACUUUCUUCAACUCUUCUUUAUCAUACAUUUAAAAAUUCCUGGGGCCCAUAUGCAUCUAAGAAUUCUGAUCAUAUGAGCACUUACCGAAACAACUUGAGUGCCUCUACAGUUCUGUGAUUUAUUCCACGAUCUAUACAGUUAUUUUCUUUACCUAAAACAGUAUGUCAAAGGUGAGUCUCUUAACUUUUGCCUAAAUAAUCAACUACAUGUUUAAAUCUUGAUUGUUUUGAAAAUUUCUUCUUUUUUUCCCUCCUUUUAAAAUAGGAAUUAACUGACUGACAAUGGCAGAAAAAAUCUUAGAGAAGUUAGAUAUUCUGGAUGAGCAAGCAAAGGCAUUCUUGGCCAUAAGAGCAAAGAAAAACAACCUUCAGGGUCAAGUAAGGAAAAAGAUUUCAGUGAUACCUCUGACGUUUGAUUUCCAGUUGGAAUUUGAAAAGGCUAUCGCUACCCCCAUAAUGAAGACGGAAUCAAAGAUCACAAAAGACAGAUCACAUGGCAUUAACAAAACAAAAAGAUAUAGCUCCUUCAAAAAUAAGCCUGAACCUAAAAAGGCAAAUUUAAGACCACACUUUGUGCCAACAAAUAUAAAAAUUCAAGAAAUCAAGUCAAUAGAGCCAGUUGAAGAAAAUCUAAAAUCAAGACCUAUUAGAUCAUUUCGUUAUCUUAAGGAUACAAGAGAGAUGGAAAAUGCUAAGCCCUUGCAUGAGCUACAUUUGCAGCAUAAACAACAACAAUGUAGAAGAACUUUGGGUUCUACAAUCAUUUCUUCUGUAUCCAGCAUUCAACCUAAUGCUUAUAAGGAGGAAGAAGACUCUGUUAACAGGAUAAAAUCUUCACAGAUGAAUGAUUUUAGUGCAAAAGAAAAUGAAUCCAUCAUAAGUGAUCAAUUAAAUGAAUAUUCAGCAAGAAAGAGAAACUCACUCCCUUUGUGCUUUGAGGACGAACUGGAAAGGCCAAAUGCCAAGAUAAUCAGCAUUUGUCCGGCAAAGACAGCAACUUCUCACAUGAAACAAAGUGACACAAAUCCCGUAAUUUUCCAUGAGACUGGAUAUGUGCAAAUGUUGCUUUUGACAAAAAAUAGGCUUCCUCCUCAUUCUAUGGAAAAUGUUAAUGGUUACCCAUAUACAAGAUCAAAUGUUGUUUUAGAAAGAAAUUGUGAAAUGCUCAAAAGUGUAGUUAGAGGUCAAUCUAUUUCUCUUUCCGAGCCCAAAAGAACUAUGUCUACAGCACAGAGGAAAGAUGUACAAACACUGCCUUUCGAAGUGGGCCACGGAGUUGUAGAGGAUAAACUGAGGAAGAGAACUAGUAAGCAGACAUCUGAAAACACAUCUUGGAGUAAACCGUGUAAUUUCUCACGGACUUUUUCCAGCCUAACAAAAUUUGUGAGUUUCCUUGAUAAAACUGUUAUUCAAGAAGUGAGUGCUAAAACUGCCACAUUUGAAAAAGUAUUUUCUACAGUAAAACCAAUGAGUAAAUUCAAUGCCUUACCUGUUAAAUACUGCUCAAAGCCUUCAAAAAAUGUACUCAAAGUCUAUAAAGUAAGUAAUGUAACACCAUUGGAUGAUUUGUUAAAUUUAUCAAGUAAAAAUUAAGCACCUCAUAAAAUAUUGUUUAUACAGCAAUAUUUGGGCAAAAAGAAGCAAGUAACAAAGUUCCAAGAUCAUAGACGAAAUUCUUAUCUAAAUGAUAACAUUCUAAUGGAUGACAGAAAAAAAACAAAGCAUAGAAACUGGAAUUACAAACCAACAAUCAUAUAACACUUUGCGUAAAUAAGAUGACAAAAUUAGGAAAUAAUGAUCACCAAGAGGAACUAGUUCAGGAAUUUCUCUGAUCUCAGUUAUAUCCCUCAAUCACCAGCAUUCCGAAAAUAAAGUAUGACUCAGGACCAAGAAUGGCAUAGACUGACUCUGAAAAUUUGCUGUUGGAAGCCAAAUAAUGUCAGUAACCUUGCUCUAUAACUGGAUCUCGAACAAGACAAAUAUACCAUUAACUUGAUGCCUGUGGAAUUAAUCGUACAUCAGCAUUUUGGAUAAUCAUUGGAAACACGUAUUACAUUAGCAACUCAUGCAAUUAAAAAGACUUUGUAAAAUUUCAGAUACCUUUUUCUUAGUAGAUGUUGGAACUUCUUUACUAUAUAAUGCCUUUACCAAGUAUAACUGACUUUUUUCUGCAUUGUUAAAUAAUUUAAAAAAUAACUUAUCCUUAAUAAGCUAAAUAAUUUUGGUAGCAAAUCCUAUAAAGGAUUGAACAUUUUUUAUUAUAUUGUUAUUUUAUUUACUCAUUAACUUUUUUAUUAACCCAAACAGUAUAAAGGCAGAACCCAAGUGAGAAACUAGUUGCAUUUCAAGAGUUCAUUCGUAAACCAUUUGCUUAAAGCCUUUUUUAAAAAAUCUGAACUGUUUGUUAGUACUUGAGAUGAAGUAGGUUAAUUAAAGCAUUUCUGUU